GAGGACGCGAUGCUGAAUUUAGAGAGCCAGUUAAAUGCCUUGACGUUGGAGUACUCUCCGCUGCAGCAGCAGCUGCAGCAGCAGCAGCAGCAGCAGCAGCAGAUUGAUGAUACAGCAGCCCCACUAGAAGCAGCAGCGCCACUCGCAGCAGCAGCAAUAAGAGAGGCACCGCCAGCAGCAGAAGGCGCUGCUCCUGCUGCUGCUGCUGCUGCUGCAGCAUCUCUUGUAGCAGCAGCACCACUUCCAGCCGCAACCCUAGCAGCAGCAACAGCAGCAGCACCAACACCACCCUCAGUAGCAGCAGCACCACCCCACAGCAGCCGCAGCAACACCAGCCCCAGCAGCAGCAGCAGCAGCACCACCACCACCACCAUCCCCAGCAACAGCAGCAGCAGCAGCAACAGCAGCAACACGACCCCUAGCGGCAACACCACCCCUAGCAGCAACACCACCCCCAGCAGCAGCACCACCCCCAGCAGCAACACCACCCCCAGCAGCAACACCACCCCCAGCAGCAACACCACCCCCAGCAGCAACGCCACCCCCAGCAGCAACACCACCCCCAGCAGCAGCAGCAGCAGCAGCAGCAGCAGCAGCAGCAGCAGCAGCAGCAAGUGA